CAGUAUUCAAUUGAGAACCCACGAGAGCUGGAGUUAGCAGAAAUGGAUUUAGCUUCUCAAAAUCAAAUUCCAGUCAUCGAUCUUUCAACAAUUUCACCUCACUGUGCACGAGGAAUCCAAGGGUGGCACCAUUUGUGCUUGAGAGUUAGAGAGGCCUGUGAAACUUUUGGGUGUUUUGAGGUGGUUUAUGAUCAAAUAUCCAUGCAUUUACGAACCCAGACCUUUUCAAUGAUAAGUCAAGUUUUCCAACUUCCUUCGGAGAUAAAGAAGAAGAAUUUUAAUCCUAAGCCUUACCAUGGCUACGCUGGCCAGCUUCCUGUAGUUCCCUUGUAUGAGAGCUUGGGUAUUGAAGAUGCCUCCAACUACGACUCUCUCAAAGGCUUUACACAGCAUCUAUGGCCUCAUGGACACCAGCAAUUCUGCCAAACCAUUGAUUCCAUGAUGAAGCCAGUGGAGGAGCUACACCAGAUAAUACAGGUGAUGAUUCUUGAUAGCUAUGGCUUGGGUGGAAACUCAAAUUCCAUCAUGGAAUGUGAGAUUUUGCUUAGGAUGAUGAGAUAUAAAGCUCCAUCAACUGAGGAAUACAUGAAUGGACUCAGUGCCCAUACAGAUAAACUUAUGUGUACUCUUCUGGUUGAAGAGGAAGUUUCAGGUCUUGAAAUAGAAACCAGAGAUGGACAAUGGAUCAAGUUGUCUCUAUCUCCCAGUUCCUUGGUCUUCAUUGUCGGAGAUCCUCUCAUGGCAUGGAGCAAUGGAAGAUUGCAUGCAGUGAAUCAUAGGGUGAUGAUGAAAGGAGACAAAGACAGGUACUCGUUUGGAGCCUUUGCUGUUCCAAAAUUGGGGACAACGAUCAAGCCACCAGAAGAACUAGUUGAUGAAAGAAAUCCACAGAUUUUUAAGGAGUUUGAUUUUUGGGAAUUCCUGAUGUUCUCAUUUUCAAAGGAGGGACUUGCUAUGGAGUCAGCCAAACAGAUCUUUGCAUAUGCUGGGAACUAGUAAUUGUAUGCAGCAAUAUUACACAAGCCAGAGCCGACAUCCUCUUGUCACAUUACAACCUCUGAAUAAAUCGCCUGUCUUAGCCUCGUGUUCUUGAUGGUAUUUGAACCGAUUGAUUUUGUUACAUUAGAAUAAUUAUAGCCGCCAAGCAAAGAUCGAAAAUCAGCAGAUAUUAUUGUAAAUUGUAAUAAAUAUGGUUUGAAUUUGAAUGUAUU